AGCCACUUUGGCUCAAGCCAUUUUGGCUCAAGCCAGUUUGGCUCAAGAAGGCGUUGGUAUCUUGUUGAAGGUUUCCCGGCCGCACUGCCACGAGCAGUUAUGGAUCCCCUGGGAAGGGGCGCAUCUCUUUUUCAUCUGUCGGACUCAUGCGUAGGCCAGAUUCUGAAUUAUUUCGAUAACAAGGGGUUCCUUCAUGGAUUUGCGAAUUUGCACAGGCUUUCGCGACGAAGUAGACGUCUUGCGGAUGCAGCGUUUUGCAUGCGGCAGGCGGUAGAUGCCAGCGGGUGCACCCUCUUGAAAGAUGCAGCUGCAGCACGUUUUGCGCGCUGCACCGCUCUGCAAUCCGUCAACUUCGGGGGAUGUGACAAGCUGACGUACCGGGCCGCGGAGCACCUGGCGCGCUGCGCUUGUCUGCAAUCCGUCAACUUCGGGGAAUGUUACAAGCUGACGGACAGGGCCGCGGAGCACCUGGCGCGCUGCGCCGCAUUGCAAUCCGUCAACUUCUUUGAUUGCGGCAAGCUGACGGACAGGGCCGCGGAGCACCUGGCACGCUGCGCUUGUCUGCAAUCCGUCAACUUCGGGGAUUGUUACAAGCUGACGGACAGGGCCGCGGAGCACCUGGCGCGCUGCGCUUGUCUGCAAUUCGUCAACUUCGGGGAAUGUUACAAGCUGACGGACAGGGCCGCGGAGCACCUGGCGCGCUGCGCCGCAUUGCAAUCCGUGGAUUUUGCCGGUUGCUACGAGCUGACGGACAGGGCCGUGGAGCACCUGGCGCGCUGCGCUUGUCUGCAGUCCGUCAACUUCGGGCAAUGUUACAAGCUGACGGACAGGGCCGCGGAGCACCUGGCGCGCUGCGCCGCAUUGCAAUCCGUGGAUUUUGCCGGUUGCUACGAGCUGACGGACAGGGCCGCGGAGCAUGGCGCGCUGCGCUUGUCUGCAAUCCGUCAACUUCGGGGAAUGUUGCAAGCUGACGGACAGGGCCGCGGAGCACCUGGCGCGCUGCGCCGCAUUGCAAUCCGUGGAUUUUGCCGAUUGCUACGAGCUGACCGACAGGGCCGCGGAGCACCUGGCGCGCUGCGCUUGUCUGCAAUCCGUCGACUUCGGGGGAUGUGAGGAGCUGACGGACAGGGCCGCGGAGCACCUGGCGCGCUGCGCUUGUCUGCAGUCCGUCGACUUCGGGAGAUGUGAGGAGCUGACGGACAGGGCCGCGGAGCACCUGGCGCGCUGCGCUUGUCUGCAAUCCGUCAACUUCGGGGAAUGUUGCAAGCUGACGGACAGGGCCGCGGAGCACCUGGCGCGCUGCGCCGCAUUGCAAUCCGUGGAUUUUGCCGGUUGCCACAAGCUGACGGACAGGGCCGCGGAGCACCUGGCGCGGCCGCGGAGCACCUGGCGCGCUGCCCUUGUCUGCAAUCCGUCAACUUCGAUAGUUGUGGCAAGCUGACGGACAGGGCCGCGGAGCAUCUGGCGCGCUGCCCUUGUCUGCAAUUCGUUAAGUACGAGAGGUGUGGCAGUUCCUUGUUGUCGUCCUACUCCCUCCUCUACUCCGCCCGCCUUUCGUGGUAGUGAGCGCUUUCCAGAACUACAGCGUCGUGGUGCACUCCCCUCUCCUGCCUCGGGAUCCUCGGGGCAGGGGCCUGGAGCGGUUUCUGUUGUGGCGCGUUCGGCCACGUCGAAUCUCUUUGCUUUGAGGGGGAGUGCUCAUGAUGCUCAGUCAGUCUUUGUAGCUCAGGCCGGCGCGAAGCCCGUGGGUCGGAGGUCGCGGAUCAUGUUGA